UGACAGUUAAGGAAGCUCGCGCUCUCUACAGAGGGCUACAGUCUGCGGAGCAAGAGCAUUGCCGGUGUGUGUCCUAUGUUUGUGUCUGAGAAACCGUGUGUGUGUGUGUGUGGACUCACUUUUUAUCCAAACUAAUGUAAAGGAUCUCCUCGGAUGAAGCGUCAGAGGAGUCGCUGUGUUUCAAGAUCAGAACACCUUAGAUCUGGCCCUUUCCACCAUCACCAUGGAAACAGAGGCUAGUCACAUGCUGGAGGCAGCCCUGGAGCAGAUGGAUGACAUCAUCGCAGGUUCCAGAGCAGCAGCAGUGGAGUUUUCUAACAGCAUGUAUGAGCAGGAUUUACCCGUCAGUGGCACUCCUCUGCAGCUCCUUCAGUUAGCUGAGGAGCUCAAACUUGCCUUGGAGCUCCAACAAAACCAGGACGAGAGAGACAGCCUCAGAGCACAGCUACCUGCAGAAACAGCACAGCUUCUCAUAGACUGGCUGCAGAGUGGAACUGCAAAGAGGUGUUCUUCAGCCAACCAUGAAACCUACCAAGAACGACUGCUCCGCCUAGAAGGAGACAAGGAGUGUUUGGUGCUACAGGCCACUAUGACUUCAAAGCUGGGGCUGUUCCUGCAGGCUCGAGAGACACCAAGGACCCAAAGGAUCACUGACCAAUCACAACAAACUGAGCUUUUUUGCAAUGAGGGUUUAAAAAGACAGGUAAGCGUUCUGACAGACCAGGUGGAGGCCCAAGGAGAGAAGAUCAGAGACCUCGAAGGUUCUCUGGAGGAACACAGACAAAAGUUGGCCUCUACAGAGGUGAUUUUGCAACAGGAGCUCAUGAGCAGGACCUCUCUGGAGACUCAGAAGCUGGAUCUGAUGGACGAGGUGUCCUUCCUCAAACUAAAGCUGGUCAGCAUAGAGGAGACACACACCAACACACAGCAACCAGACCCCACCGACACAGAGCAGAACAAAGCUGAGUGUGUGGUAAAUUUCAUCAGUGAUCUUCAAGAGCAGAUGUGCAGAUUUCAGGAGGAGAUCAGCACUCGUAUUCAGGAGAAACGAGCUAUGGAGGAGAGGGAGGCCCAGCAGGGGGAGCCCAGAGGCCGCCAACCCCAUGGCCACAGCCUAGGGGAAGGGUCAGUCAGCUCAGACGUUAGCCUGUCUGACCCCGACCCCCUGAGGCACGAUGGAGGACAGAUUGUACACGAUUUGCUACAAGAGGUAAAGGAGCUGAAGAGAAAAGUGGAAGAUUUGGAGGGCGAGAAGGGCCAGUAUGAGAAAGAACUCUGGGCCACAAAGGCCGACAUAUCAGAGCUGCAGCAACUCCUGGCCUCCAAAGACGUUGAGAUUGAAUGUCUGCAGACACAACUGAUGACAAGAGGCGGCACAGUUGACGAAAACACAGAGAGAGACCAAGAAUACCAGAAGCUGAAAGUCGGGAUGGAGUCUUUGUUAGCUUCAAAUGAUGAAAAGGAACGGCGUAUAAAGGAGCUGACCAUUAUGCUUGGCCAAUACAGAAGGAUGAGGGAAGUCAUGGCACUCACACAGGGGAGUAGUGAUGAGGAUCUGUGUGGCAGUUUAGGAGUCAGAACCUUCACACAUAAAGCACACUCUGAUAUUGUCAGGUCAGAGAUGUCAUCACUGUCAUCUUCUCCAUUUGUUCUAUCUUCUUCCCCCUACCGGAGAGGAUUUGACUCGAGUAUCCAUGACUCUCUGGACACAUCACUGGUGUCCACUGGGGAAACAAGCUUUUUUAAUGGGUCAUGGCAUCAACGCAGGUUACUUUCCAGCAGUCUUGAAGAAUUGCAGAGUGGAUCAUUACAAAAGAAUCCUCACAUGGAGCUGAGCAAGUACCAGACUCUGCCGGGGAAACUCAUGAUUAAAAAGAGAGAGCAGAGAGACAAGAAGAAUGGCGACAGAGAGGGAGAAAAAGAGUAUUUGUCUCCCAUCCUCUGCCACCAGCAGGAGGACUACGUUUUCAAGCACCCUGAAAAGCUUGAGGAGUUUGUUCUGUCAGAUCAUUCCCCCCUUUCCUCUGGAGUGCCAUCCCCUGUCUCACCAGAGAACAGGACGAGUCAGAAAGGCAUAAGGAAACUCUGGGGAAAGAUACGUCACAGCCAAUCAGGCAAUCCUGCCCAGGGUCAUGACCCCGAGCUGGGAGAGUUCAAGAGAGGGGGUUUCAGAGCUACAGCUGGACCAAGACUGGCCCGUUCAGGGAACACACGAGACCUGAAGUUGCCUUUUUGUAAGUGGAGCAAAGAGCAGGUGUGUGACUGGCUGGAGGAAAUUGGACUCGGUCAGUAUGGCAUCCUCGCUUGCCAUUGGGUCACCAGUGGCGAUACUCUACUGUCUGCCACCCUGCAAGACAUAGAGAAGGAGCUGGCGAUAAAGAAUCGGCUCCACAGGAAAAAACUCCAAUUGGCCAUUAAGACGAUCAGCAGCAAACAGCCUGAGAAGUCUGCAGAGCUCGAUUACAUCUGGGUCACUCGUUGGCUCGAUGACAUCGGACUCCCUCAAUACAAAGACCAGUUUAAUGAAGGAAGAGUUGAUGGGCAGAUGCUGCAGUUCCUCACUGUGAAUGAAUUGUUAUUCCUUAAAGUGACCAGCCAGCUGCAUCACCUCAGCAUCAAGUGUGCCAUUCAUGUUCUCCAUUUCAACAAGUUCAAUUCCAACUGCCUCAAACGCAGGCCCAGCAAUCAGAACCAGUUGGCUCCAAGUGAGGUUAUCCAGUGGUCCAACCAUCGAGUCAUGGAGUGGUUAAGAUCUGUGGACCUGGCAGAGUACGCACCAAACUUGAGGGGCAGUGGCGUGCACGGAGGACUGCUGAUGUUGGAGCCUCGGUUUAACUCAGAAACGCUGGCCAUGUUGCUAAACAUCCCACCUCAGAAAACACUGCUGAGACGCCACCUAACAACCAACUUUAACAACCUUGUGGGCACAGAGGCUCAUCAUGAGAAGAAGGUGUACACUGAGGCAAUGGGGUACACCCCACUCAGCAUCACAGCUAAAGUCAAGCCAAAGAAGUUGGGCUUCACUAACUUGACUCAUCCCAGGAGGAGGCGGCCAGAUGAAUCCAAAGACUACGUGUGUCCAAUAGAGUCGUCCUUGACUCCUUCAGGGCUGUCUGAAGUGAACGGGGUGCAGGUGCGGCCCUAAGCUGGCUUGAGAGUUCUGAGCCCAGUCCUGGACAGAGAGUCAGACUGCCCCAGUGCCCAGGUUAGGAUGGAUGAGAGCAGAGAUGACCAAUCGCCAUGACAACAUUGCAAUACUGUAUCAACGCUCUUUUUAUCGACCAUCAGCCUUCAUUGCUUCUGCUCGGCUUCCUCUGCUUGCCAAUAAUACCUCAGCCUCCUCCUUCCUGAUCCUCUAAACCCCAGCCUGUGCCUUACAAAUGAAGAGAUGCAGGGAUGCCCAGAUAAAUUGCUGCCUCUCAUCAAGGGUAAAAUGAGACAAUUAAACUAUACAAUUCCAGUCAGACCAGCCAACGUCCACCCGAAGCCUGUGCCAUGAUGUAACUCAUCAGCAUCUCUCUAGUCUCCACCCAACUAAUGAGUAAAUAAAAUGAUGUCUUGUAAAGUA